UCCUGCGUCCACGCACCGUGCAUGCACCGUGCGCGCUUGCAUAACCCCUUUCCUUCGCUCACUGAGCGUUCGUUCAGUAAGAUCACGUUUCCAGGGUGGCCUCUGCCCGGGCAGCGCACCGGCCUUGAGCCCGGCCCGGGAGGGAGGCCACUGCAAACGUUUACUUUGGGGGCUGGCCGGUUAAAGGCCUGGAGCUCCGCGCGGGUCGCCUGGAGACGACGCCUCCGCCAGGCCCGGCUCGAGGCCGCCCCCGCGCCCAGGCGCACUUGGCCGCCCGGUGCCCACGGCGCGCUGGGCCUCAGACCAUGCCGGGAGGCUUGGAUAAUUGCGGCGUGUUUUUUUGAUGCCACGCCCAAACCUGACAGCUGGGAGUUUCUUAAAGUGUCUGACCAGGCGUUUGUCACGCUGGCUACCAAUGACGUCUACUGCCAGGGGGCCCUGGUGCUGGGGCAGUCACUGCGGGACCACAGGGCCACCAGGAGGCUGGUCGUGCUGGUCACCCCUCAGGUGUCCAACCUGCUCAGGGUGAUCCUCUCGAGGGUGUUUGAUGAGGUCAUCGAGGUGAACCUGAUAGACAGUGUGGACUACAUCCACCUGGCCUUUCUGAAGAGACCUGAGCUUGGAGUCACCCUCACCAAGCUUCACUGUUGGACACUCACCCAUUAUAGCAAGUGCGUCUUCCUGGAUGCAGAUACCCUGGUGCUGUCCAAUAUCGAUGAGCUGUUCAAUAGGAGAGAGUUUUCUGCGGCCCCGGAUCCCGGAUGGCCGGAUUGCUUCAAUAGCGGGGUAUUUGUCUUCCAACCUUCCCUGGAGACGCAUGGCCUCUUGCUGCAGCAUGCCACCGACCACGGCAGCUUUGACGGGGCAGACCAAGGCUUGUUGAACAGUUUCUUCAGUAGCUGGUCCACAGCAGACAUCCAGAAACACUUGCCGUUCAUUUAUAACUUGAGUAGCAACACGGCAUACACCUACAGCCCUGCUUUCAAACAAUUCGGCUCGAGUGUGAAGGUGGUCCACUUUUUGGGGUCCACGAAACCUUGGAACUACACGUACAAUCCCCAGACGGGCUCUGUUUUGGAGGAGGGCUCUGGGUCUGUCAACCAGCAUCAGACGUCCUUCCUUAACCUCUGGUGGGGGAUUUACCACCGCAGCAUUCUGCCUCUUUAUGAAAAUAUCCGACACGAGGACGAACAGACAUCUCCAGGACACACAGCUCACCUCGGGGGCCCUGGGGUGCCUUGUUCAAGUUCAGCGCCCACUGCUGAGGGGUCGUGUGCAAAUGCUGUGCCCCGCUCCACGGAGCCCUGUACCAACUGGGCGGAGGGGCCCCGCCAGCCUUGGCCUGAGAGGACCAUGGUGGUGGUGGAGGAGACCCCCGCUUCGCCUGACGCAUGCCCUGUGGAAGAUAUGAUAGGUUGGCCGGAAAUGGAGACUUCCGCUGGAGUGAUGUGUGACCCGGUGUCACCACCCUCCACCCAAUUCGCAGACUUCACAGAGACCCAAACCAGCUCGCCCGUGGAGAGCGCGGAAGGUGGCCCAUCUGAGGAAGCCUUGGAGCCAAGCCGGGAGCCCCCUGUGGAUGUCACCAGGGACCCCAGUCUCCAGGAUGCUUUGGAGGUGGUGUCCUCAUUGUUUGCCUUGUCCAGCUCUCCUGAUGGAUGCUGUGCGCUAACUUGGGCUGGCUGUGUACACGCACUGGCGUUACCCCCAUUUCGAGCCUCGCUUGUGGAGAGAAGAGUCUGCCUGCUUCUCCUGCUGCCUCAGGCCCGUUUGUCUUCUCUCUGGCAUUUGUCCGCGGUGGUCGGUCCACCCUCUUUCCUGUCCUCUGCUCUGAUAAUCACACCCGUUCUCUCUUCAAAAGCUGUUCUGCAAAAGUUAAUUGAAGGUGGGCCUGGCCCUCUCCGUCUCCGAGAUUUCCAUCGAAGAAAAGGUCAAGGCACUGAGUCCCGAGGAGGAACGGAGGAAGUGGGAGGAGGGGUGCAUCGAUUACCUGGGGAAGGAUGCGUUUGUCCGGAUUCAGGAGAAGCUGGACCGCUUCCUGCAGUGAUGGCGCCAUUGCGUUGGGUGGUCCUGUUCCAUGAACAUCUCGAGUCCUUUCCGAGGGAAAGACUCUUCAACGAUGUGCCUCUCUUUCUGGUUGACCAGCUUGAGUGCUUCAUGUCAAGUCACGUGGUCCAUCCAAAACCCAGCUCAAAGGCCUGUGUGACCCCAGCUACCCAUGCCUCCUGGGGGUUCCCCAGGAGGUUGCAUCUCCUUUACACCUUGUCAGCAAAAGGGAACAGGAAUAGCCUUCUGGUCAACCCUGGGUCUCUGGUCUUGCUCGAAGGAGCUCAGGACUCUGUCCUGGACAGGUGCUGCCGUGUCCAUCCUCCGUAGGGUUAGAUGUCAUCGCAGAGCUUCCGUCCCAGCGCUCGUGACACGAGGAGAGGUAGUGAGUGCCCUGGGACUUUGCAGAAUGAAAAGUCCUUUCCGUGAAGGCUAAGCAAGCGUUCGGAUGUCUUGAGUGUGACUCCAGCGUGGACCUUUCCAAGCACGGCUGAGAAACACCACAGCUGUGGUUCCUCUUCGGCAAAAAGGCCCAAGAGGACUUCCAAGUGCAUUGACAGAUGCCCCAUGGAGAUGUGUCACAGAUAUUUGGAAGGAAGAUUCCAGCUGGCUUGGGAGAGGUGACCGCUUCCAAACUGGUUGACCUACUGGUGUAGAAGAACCAAGGGUUUACGCUGAGGGGUGUCUGGUGGCCGUGCGCUCACGGUAACUGGAUUUGGUUGAGGCUGUUUGUUCCGAGGCAAACCCGUGUGCGGUCCAGGACACUGGGCUGUCCUUCGCUGGGUCACGCUACCUCACUUCACAGUAUGGAGUUACUAUGCUCUCCAAGCCAUGUCAACUCGGUUCUUUCGGGACAGUUCUCCGUCUGAUGACACUAGACACUUUAUUCCAUGAGAAAGCCUCACCUCCAGAAGCAUCUGGAAAUGAAUGCCGUAUUUUGGAGCUUCUCCCAGGGUCAUUGUUGGUUGCCACCAUAGGAUAAGUAAAGCUGGAUGUCAGUCGCUAUACUGAAGAGAAGGAAAUGCAGCUUUUAAAUGUUUGAAUGGUUUAUCACACGUGUGCAAUUGAAAAUCAUGAGUUCAUUAGACACAGGUUUGGAAGAAGCUUGAGAGGGCUGUGUUCAAAUCCGUCUGAGAUCUGGCUGGACUUCUGGGGUUCGUUGUGACAUUCACUUGUGUGAGGUGUGAGCUACGGAGGGGUUGUUUCUUUUUAUCUAUGGGUGAAUGAUCGGUAGUCUUGGUUGGUUUCACACAGGUGAUGCUUCAGGGGCUACUUGGAAAUAGCCAUAG